AUGUCGCACUCACUGCGUCGUGUUUGCAGUGUCAUUGGACGAGCUCACCUUAGACAGGUUGCCUACACCGCAAUGGAGGCAGCUGGACAGACAUAUCGACGGCAGUGCCACGUAUUUCAGACCGACGAUAUUCAUCAAGUGAGUGGUACAGUGGUUAGAUUUAUUUUUAUCAACUGGAAAUUGACAAGUGAGUAAUC